GGGCGCCUUAAAACCUUGCUUUUCUGUUUUCUUGUGAUUUUUGCUAGCAGUCUCUCUACUUACCAUGCCUGAGCCCGCGAAGUCCGCUCCCGCCCCGAAGAAGGGCUCCAAGAAGGCGGUGACCAAGGCGCAGAAGAAGGACGGCAAGAAGCGCAAGCGCAGCCGCAAGGAGAGCUACUCCGUGUACGUGUACAAGGUGCUGAAGCAGGUGCACCCCGACACGGGCAUCUCGUCCAAGGCCAUGGGCAUCAUGAACUCGUUCGUCAACGACAUCUUCGAGCGCAUCGCGGGCGAGGCGUCGCGCCUGGCGCACUACAACAAGCGCUCGACCAUCACGUCGCGGGAGAUCCAGACGGCCGUGCGCCUGCUGCUGCCCGGGGAGCUGGCCAAGCACGCCGUGUCCGAGGGCACCAAGGCCGUCACCAAGUACACCAGCUCCAAGUGAGUGCCCGGCUCACUCCUGACCCAAAGGCUCUUUUCAGAGCCACCA